AUGCCCAACUUAAUCCCUGCCAUGUUGCUCGGGGCAGUCCUGGAGACUCUUCUCUUUGGUGCAUACCUCGUGGUGUUUGCUACCAGCUGCCUCACAUUUUUUACUUCAAGACGCCGCGGAUGGCUCAAAGGAUCUUUAAACAAAGGCAUACUCACCGCGGAUCUAGCCAUGUUUCUCUCAAUCAACGCUCACUGGGCCCUGGGUAUCGCCCGCCUAUUUGAGGCGUUUGUGGAUGAUCGCACCACUGCCCUAGAGUACUUCCAACUGAUUUCCGAGAGGAAGCGCGUCGCGAAGGUUGCCUUGUACGUCUUCCAGUGCCUAAUCGCAGAUAUGAUCAUGGUUUUGCGACUAUACUACGUAUCCAGCAAAUCGUUAACUAUAUGUGUUUUGCCUAUCUUAAUGACAUCUGGCCUAGCCGUUGCUGGGAGUGGACUGGUCUGGCAAUUGGCAACCGCCCAACCCUACCGAGAUCCGUUCACUUCUGGCCAAUGGGUAUGGUGUUGCUUCACGCUUACACUAGCCACCACGAUGUAUUCAACUUUGGUAAUCGCCUAUAAGCUUUGGUCAAGCCAUAAAACGCUCAAGAACAUGAAUGUCAACCCAUUCAUCGACUCUCCCGUACCACAUGUCAUCCAGAUCAUAGUGGAAAGCGCGGCCCUAUAUUCGACCUGUACAUUCGUUUCCUUCGUCCUCUUCUUAGCUCGUUCGAACGCACAUUUCGCUGUUCUAGACAUGACAAGCCCCGUUGUGGGGCUUGUGCUCUGCCUCAUAGUCGUGAGAGGCCGCAUCCCAGGCCACUGCCCGCUGUACCCUCCCACAGAGUCGGUGGUCACGCUGGGGAACACAAUGCCAGUAAGUCGGGAUCGGGAUCGGGAUCAGACUCAAACGCUUCCGCCCAACCUUGUUGUGAAGAUUGAUGAGACCCGCAUAAUCCAUCACGAUAGUACUCUCGUGGCUCCUGACAAGACAGAGCAGGAGGAGGAUGCGGAAAGUACCGCUGAGGGACAUGGCGUAGAGGCAUGCUGA